GACCGAGAUCUCUGGGACUCAAAGACUCUGAUAGACAGCGCUAUACACCCUGAUCACAAAGGGACGGUGCCGCAUCUCUUCCGAUUCUCGGCAUUUGUACCCGCGAAUAUAGUGGUGGUGGCUGCUAUGUUGUCUCCGGUGGUAAUUGCCUCGCCCGUGCUCACCAUUGCGGCCCAUUGGACUAAUCAGAGUUACAAUGCUGCUGUGAACUAUUGCAAUCGAAACGCGUCACAGCCCGUGCCCGCCAGUUUGCUCGCGCAGGGCUACGUAGGGGCAGUGGGAGCAUCGGUAUCAAUUGGUUUGGCUGCGACGGCACUGACCACUAAGGCUGCCAAGCUCGGCCCGGGUGCUGCCUUGGCCAUUCGUGCGACACUCCCGUUCUUGGCGUGUGCCGUGUCGGGAGUACUAAACAUUGGACUUAUGCGACGAUCGGAACUAGAAACCGGUGUCACGGUGUUCGAUCAUGAAGGGGAAGCUAGGGGACAAUCUAUUAAAGCAGCGGAGAAAGGUCUGAAAGAGUGUGCGGCAGCUCGUGUGUUGUGGAACAUUCCCAUCACCGUGUUCCCAGCGCUGAUCAUGAGCAGACUGGAGAAGAAAACAUUUUUGGUAUCCAACCCACGUGUGCGAAUGGCAGUGGAAAUGGGGGUUAUUGGCGUGUGCCUAUUCCUGGGCGUAGUUCCAGCGCUCGCCGCGUUCCCACAGAUUGAAUCUAUGAAUGCGGAUGAUAUGGAAGAGCAAUUCCAGAAUCUAAAGGAUUCUAACGGCCAGAAGGUGGAAAAGUUCGUGUUUAAUAAAGGCCUGUAGAUUCGCCGCAGGGUGACUGGCCCCCCGAACCCAACACCGCGCACGUACAGUCACGGCGAAGUGUACGUGUAGAAAUGGGGGAUUCUUCACGAACAUAUAGCCGUUUAUGCUGUAUCAGAUAAAUCCACUGACUCGAACACGACGACCUGAGCAACAUAAUAGAAUGAAAAUUGACAGUUAGUCGGAUUCGCGCGCAUGGAGUGGGGCUGUGUUAGCUAAUCACGAUCACCCGCCACAACAAAAUCUAGAGAUGAGAUGCGAUAGAAUAUUUAACUGGUCCGAGUAGUUAGUGUGAACCAUGAUUGGCAGUGCCAAUUGCAAGAUUCUCAAGCGAUAAAGUUUAUAUUAAAUAUAACUCUCCGA